AUGAGCCAGCCUGCCGGUGUCCACCGGUUGUACCGCCGCCCUCCCGGCGGCCAGACUUUGAAAACGCCCGCUCGUCUGCGCAGUGCAGUGCUCCUAUUUGUCUGUUGGCUCCCCGAAGCCUGUUCACGGAGUCUGCGAGCAUAUUUCCCCUCCAAGACAGGUCAGGUCAGGUCACGUACGGAGCAUACCGCGGACGCAGCGACCGCAUCCAAGCCACGAACACGUCUGAAGCUCAACGUUGGAAAAAGAUAUGCUCCCGGAGUGGGGGUCUUUCUCGUCGACCCCUACCAACUGCAAGGGGUCCCCCUCAGGGUCUUGAGUACGAGCCUACGAUAUGCGAGCCUGCGAGGUGCGAGGUGCGAGAGUCAGGGAGCGAGCUGGCUGCGCGAUGACCUGAUGCGACGAGCAUCGUUGAUGUCGCGUGCAUUCUACAUUCAGUCGACGCCAACGCACGCCAAGAAUGCCUUCAUUGUUCACCCGCACGGCAUGGGGGAUCGGCCACGAUGCGCUGUGGACGAAGCAGUACCGGCCAAUGAGCUUACCACGUCAUGCGAGCCACAAGCUCAGAGUUCCCCAUCACGAGAGUGCCGGCAAAGUAAACGCAACUUUAGGAGAGUCAGGGCCAGGGGAGAUAUCUCACCGGGCACCUCGACGGGCACCUCGAAUGUACCAUCACCGUCUACACAGUACAAUGGCCACGGCAGCGGCAGGCUUAUGAGUAGGGGACAGGGUUCGGGUGCUUCGUACAAGUACAGGUACAGGUACAGGUACAAGCCGUCCCGCAAACCUCGUUCCCCCCUUCUCCAACUGGAAGACGCAGACGGGGCGAGGGCACGCGAGAAUGAGACUGAUGGCUCAUGCAACCGCGCUUGCGCCCGCAAGCCGUACGCCGGGGCCUUCUUCGCCUUCUCUUACUAG